AUGGCCGACGACGAGUUGCCUUCCGACAGCAGCUUGUUAGUGAUAAUAGUGGAUACAAAUCCUAAUCAAAGAUACAUUACUGAAGACCCUAAGGUGCUGACCAACUGUCUCGAUGCUGUCAUUGCUUUUGCUAACUCACACUUGAUGCAGAAGACCAGGAAUGAACUCGCUGUAAUAGGAUGUCACUUUCAUAAAAGUGAAUACCUUUACCCGUCACCUGGUAAGCCUCUGGAUGUGAGACAAAUUGAUGGACAGUAUGAAUUAUUCACAUUAGUAGAAAAAACUAUAAAGAUGAGAUUAGUAAAUCUAAUAAAAAGUCAACCACAAGAAGAUAAACCUGGAGAGUCGCUAUUGGCAGGUGCUGUAGCUAUGGCUCUCUGUUUUAUAGCCAAGUACCGUCGCAAAGCACCACCAGGUCUACGCAUGAGCAGUCGGAUCCUUAUCGUUACCGGUAGCAGCGACACCGCUGCACAAUACAUCAACUAUAUGAAUGUAUUCUUCACUGCACAGAAGCAGCAGGUGCUAAUAGAUGUAUGCUCGCUGGACAAGCACUUGAGUCUAUUGCAGCAGGGCUGUGACAUCACUGGGGGGCUGUACCUCAAGGUGCCCACUUUAGAAGGACUGCUGCAGUAUUUGUUGUGGGUGUUCCUGCCGGAGGCGGCGGAGCGCUCCAAGCUAGUGCUGCCGGGGCGCGGGCGCGUGGACUACCGCGCCGCCUGCUUCUGCCACCGCGACCUGCUCACCAUCGGAUACGUCUGCUCCGUCUGCCUCAGUGUUUUCUGCAAGUUUAGCCCCAUUUGCACAACUUGUCAUACGGUGUUUAAGAUCGGUGGUCCUCUGCCCAUCAAGUCAAAGAAGAAGAAAAUUAAGCUUUAA